AUGAUUACUGCGGUCGUGGAGGCAUUCAAGGCAACCAAGAAUAGCGACGGAGGUGCGAGGAUGAUGGAAGUGUUCUUCAAUGCAAAGCCAAAACAGUCGCCUUCCAGUGCAGAUCGCUCAACGUGGUCUUGGAUUGUCGCAGUGUAUUUAGUACACAUAACUGAUCCCAUUUCUAGAGUGGUUUAUAUGACAUCGAGUCCGGACUUUCUACGAGCAACUGGGUUCACACAGAUCUAUGCCAUUCCUUACCUCGCUUUUAUUCUUGGCUACCUCUUCUACAACACCGGCAGGAACGCCCAAUUGUUCGAGCCAAGGAGAGAAGAGCGCGGUGGUAAGUUCGUCGUGGAGGAUUCGGAUGAAGAGGACGCUAUGCUACCACACAGCGAGGCUUUCGAGUUACAUGGGACGAUCCCCCAUGCUUCCGAGUCUGAUGAUUGA